AUGUUGUACAGUAUUGGAAUCAUAUGCUUAGUCUUGGUUCUUCCUGCACAGGGCACUCCAUCCUUUGGUAGUGUUUCUAUUGGAUCUGCUAUAACAAAUGAAGGAAGGGAUACUGAUCUUAACUGUCCAGUGGUGAACCUGACUGAUGACUACUCAAUCUCUUGGUAUAGAGAAACAAUAACUGGUGAUAGGACAGUUAUUUACAGGGAUGGCAUGCUGAUAAAUAAUGACCUAGGUAGAGAGGCAGAAGCCUACACACUCCACAGUAUGAAAGAUGUAAGAAUAACACAGGUGAAAGGUCGUGAUUUUGGUCAUCUGCUUAAUGGUAACAAUUACACCUGUGAAGUAACUCUUAAGAGUACAGGUGAGGCAGUGCUAGUAUCAAGUGGUCUCAUCCUGGCAGCUUACUAUUCUCCAUCAUCUUUGUAUCCAAUCUGUGAACCAUGUGAAUUUUCAUCUAAUUUGACAGGAUCAAGUGUCACUAUCUCUUGUUACUCUGAACUUGGUUAUCCACAUGUCCAACUACAAUGGUUAAGGAAUGGAGACGCAAUUGAAAACCUAACAACAAUCACAAUUUAUUCUUACAUAUUUUUGAAUUAUACAUUUAUUCUUGAAGCAGAUGACUUGGAAAGUAACUUUACUUGUACUAAUGGAAAACAAAGCUGCAAUUUAGCACCUGACAAAGCCUGUGCAGUGGGAACAACUCCUCCAAAUGUGUCUGGUAAAAUAGGCCUACCAAAUGUGAUCGGGGCUAGCAUUGGAGCUGUUCUCUUCUUAGCCUUUUGUCUAUUUAUUGUUGUAUGGUGUUACAGGAGAAGAAAUACAAAACAAAGAGCAACUAAUACAUAUCAACAAUCUACAGAUGAGGGAGAUUCAAACAACCAAGAGAAAAACACCAGAAGUGAAUUUACAAUCGAUAAUGACUCAUAUAAUGAACAAGCUACAAAGCAACCAAAAUACCAAUACCAACAGGAUUAUCCAAAUCUGCCUCGUUCGGCUACAAAGCCUUCGAAUGAAGAUAUGAACAAAGAUUCUGUAGAAUCUGGGACCAUUGACAACUUUAUUUAUCAUGAGAUACGAUUGUGA